AAGUGCAAUGUGCCUGAAGUGUAGCCCUUGAUUACAUCCUUUGGGUACACAUUAACUUAUUAAAUUGAUCCUGAUUACAAACGAACUUUGCCCCUACCUCACCUGGCAACCAUGAGAAAAGCAGAUAGGUGUCAGUCUAUAAAAGGAAACGGGAACUGCCCCCUGUCUCUCAGGCUCCAACAUCUUCCCUUUGCCAAGAUGUUACAGCUCCAGCUCUUUGCAGUGCUCAUGGCUAGUCUGUUGCUGUUGAGCCAGGUCAAUGGCUCCCCAGUACCAGAGCUGAGUUCAGCGAAGAGAUCCAAGAGAAUGACCCCAUUUUGGAGAGGGGUUUCCCUCAGGCCCAUUGGCGCUUCCUGUCGGGAUGAUUCAGAGUGUAUCACAAGACUAUGCAGAAAAAGACGCUGUUCUCUAAGUGUGGCCCAGGAGUGAUGUUCAUACAAGCAGAAAAGUGACCUCCAACAGUGCUCCGUUCUAUGGAAUAUUGGUUAAGUGCAUUUUGGCUGGAGAUACUUAAGUGAAGCAAUCUUGUGUUUUUAAUAUUUAAAGACAGAUACUUGCUUUAAA